CAAGGUCAGACUCUCACGGUGGGACGGUGGCCAGAGCGCAGCCGACCUGAUUCUGUGCGUUUGCAGGAGGGAUGGAACAGAUAGGCCGGAGCACAGCCUCGCCUGCAGAGCUGUAGACCGCCUUUAAGGUGAAUUUCUGCGGUGUGCAUUGGGAAGUUUGUACUUCAAUUGUCCCUCUUGCGCUGCCCUCCGCGUGGUGAACUCGGAUUUGUUUUCCUGCCAUUGAACAUGUCUUACGUUUACGGAGCCAUUGCCAUUGUUUGGCUGGCAUUGCUUUCCUGGGGCAUCUACAAACUAGUUGUUGGGUACAUUCUUCCUCCUUCCCACUUCCCUAAGAAUAUCCCUACAAUUCCCUUCUACUUUACACUUAUUCCUCUCUUCAAAGAUGUGGACCAGGAAGCCCUGUGGCACAAGUAUAUGAAGAAGCCGUUGACAGAGUACGGUGCCGUGAAGAUCUACUUUGGUGGGGCCUGGAACGUCCUGGUAACACGACCGGCCUUCAUCAAUCAGGUUUUCAAGCAGGACGACAUCUUUCCCAAAGCUGGGAAUCAUGUCAAGAAUCCUCAGUCAAUUCUGGCUCUGUAUACCGGCGAGAAUGUUAUUAGCACCAUCAACGAUCAAUGGCGAACUUUCGCAUCGAUUGUCAAGCCCGGACUUCAGGCGGACGUCGACACAUCGAUCAUUGUCAAGAACGCGCAGAAGCUAGUCGAUCUUCUCCUUGAGGAACAGAAGCAGAAAGGCAGUGUUGUUAUGCCCAAGCCUCUCCAAGACUACACCUUGGCGAAUUUGAGCGAAGCGUUGCUCGGCGCGAGCUUUAAUACACUGGGAAAUACAAACGCACCUAUGUCAACACUUCAGUCGGCUAUCAAGCCUAAGAUAUUCAAUCCAUUCUAUCUCAACUUCCCGUUCUUGGAUCACUUCAAGAUCCCCUCGCGUGAGCAGGCACGGAGACUGGUCAUCGAGUUCAAGGCGAAGCUCAGUGAUAUUGUACUCUCCGGACAUCAGCACAAGCACCCGGAAGGUAUGGACUCCAAUCACCUAGGAUGCAGACUGGUUACCGCAUACGAGACCGGUAUCAUUAACCGGUAUCAUUUCCAACAAAAUUGCCUAUCGAUGUUUCUUGCUGGACAUGAGAACCCGCAGAUUCUGUUGCUGUCCAUGAUGAGGAUGCUUGCGGAACACCAGGACCUGCAAAAGCAGCUUCGUGAACAGAUUCUUGCGCUCCCAGAAGAGGACCGUAUGAAUCCGCAUGUGUUAGCAGAGAUUCCUCUCCUUACAGCUACUAUUUAUGAGACGCUCCGUCUAUAUCCUCCGAUCUCCCAGCUGCUCAACCGUCGCACCGAGCAAGACGUUAUGCUGGGCGAGAACAUUCUUCUCAAAAAAGGUACCUACCUUGGCUACAAUGGAUAUACCACCAACCGUGACACCGAGUUCUGGGGCGCCGAUUCCCACGAGUUCCGCCCCUCACGCUGGGGCUCCAACUCCGAAGACAUUCAGAUGCUAUUCCGCAAGGCGAGCAGCAAGUCCACUUUCAUCAGCUUCCAUGGAGGAAGGAGGACAUGCCUUGGGAUCAAGUUUGCUAUGAUGGGCGCUAGGGUGUCAAUGGCCAUGUUUUUGACAAAGUUGGAGUGGAAACUAGACCCUUCUUGGCCGAGGAGGAUGACGCCGGCUGGGCCGUUGAUGCCACGGAUGUUGAAACUACAAUUUACGAGUUUGGAAAGCGAGAAGGCUUAGAGCAUAUCAUCUAAAGGCAGUUCACACACAUGUCUAAAAGGG